UCUCCAGCUGAUCAGCCCGAAGCCGAAACACUGAGCAGCAGAGACGCUCGGAGGAUGGAGUUUUUCAUAGGAAACCCAUUUUCUACACCCGUGGGCCAACUUAUAGAACAUGCCACCAGUUCUUCUCUCCCGUCUGAAGACUGGGGACUCAACAUGGAGAUUUGUGACAUUGUCAAUGAAACAGAUGAAGGACCUAAAGAUGCAGUCAGAGCAAUAAAGAAGAGAAUACUGGGAAACAGGAACUUCAAAGAAGUUAUGCUGACUUUGAGUGUGUUGGAGGCCUGUGUGAAGAACUGCGGCCACAGAUUCCACAUCUACGUGUCCACCAGAGACUUUGUGGAGAAUGUUUUGGUCCAGACGAUACUGCCUAAAAACAACGCCCCAAUGGUUCUUCAGGACAGAGUUUUGAUUAUGAUACAGGCGUGGUCCGAUGCCUUUCGUAGUUCUCCAGAUUUGACGGGUGUUGUGACCGUCUAUGAGGAUCUCAGGAGAAAAGGUGUGGAGUUUCCCAUGACUGAACUGAAUGGCUCUUCCCCUAUUCACACUCCAAACAGGACCAUUGACUCCACCGCUCGCACAGAAUGUCACUCCGUCACAUCUUCACAGCCACAGAAUACAGAGACGCCUGUCACGCUGUCACUUCAACAGAUGAAGACAUUAAAGACAGAACUGGAGGUGGUGCGUAAUAAUAUAUCAGUGAUGUCAGACAUGAUGAGUCAGAUGGAGCCUGCAAGUCUUGAGCCGUCAGACAUAGAGCUGCUACAGCAGCUCUACUCCAUGACCAAAGAUAUGCAGGGCCGGAUGGUGGAGCUCAUACCCAGACUGAGCGACGAGCAGCUUAUAGAGCAGUUACUCAGUGCCAAUGACGACAUUAACACCACCUUUGCACAGUAUCACAGAUAUGAAAGACAUCUCAACAGACAGGGCAGUGCACACAGUGCAUCUAAGCCAGCUAGCACAAACCUCAUUGAAUUGGAUACUCCCAACCAAUCAAAGGCAGCCAAUGGUGCACAUAGCGCAGUCAGCCAAUCAACAGUCAGCACACUAUCCAAUCAGAUGGCAGGACUGAGCACAAAAGCUGAUGACUUCAAACUAAAUAAAAGCAGCUCAUCACAAAAAGGUCCGGAACGCUCUGCAGGUCUUGAGAUACUUGCCGCCCCUCAGAGAGAGCGACAGGACACUGGAGUGGAUGACAGCAAAGACUCCACCUCCCUCGGCACCUCGCCUCAGUUUCAUUGGAUGCUUGAAAAGGGAAUGAUUCCUGUCAAUCAGAGUGAAGUGAUGGACGAUAUUGAACAAUGGCUGGACGUAGAUGACGAAGAUGACUCUGAAGGAGUGACUAGUGAAGAGUUUGAUAAGUUUUUAGCGGAAAGAGCGAAAGCAGCGGAGCGUCUUCCUUCAGUAAAAGCAUCACACCACGACCCUGGCCGUUCACAACUGUAGUUUUGAUUUUUCCUCUACAAAACCCUGUUUGUACCUUCCAGUUCAUAACCAUGUGCUCACUUUUCAGUUUAUUUAUAGUAUUUUUGGUUGAUUUCUAACCAUGUAGCGUCUUUAUCAAGUAACUUUAUAAGUCUAAACAUUAGGUGUGGGUUUUGGAGAUGUUUCAUAUUACACUAAUUUUGUUUUCUUGCAGAUGUGUCACCUUAUGAAAUAUUUUUAUAACUAGACACUAAUUUCUUCAGUACAGUCUAUUGUAGAGGUAAUUUUCUUUCAUCUUUUAAUGGAGAAAGGCUCCAUGGUGACACAUGAAGAACUUUAUCGAUCUUUAUUAAAGAUCUUGAUUGUUGAGGUUAAAUCCAUUGUAUAUAUACACUAAAUCUUGUAUUAGGCUGGUUUGAAGGAAGGAAGUGAAUUUUACAGAGGGGAAGUUUGUUGGUUUACGUUUCUUUCUCACCAGUUGUAAGCUGCAUGCAUGCAGUUUCUGCUUUACAGCUCUGGAAAGUGGAAACUUAAGUCACAAAAACAUUUGCUUUAGAAAUUAAGAAAAUAAAAAAAUUAAUUACAGUGAAUGUGGUUUGUGUGUGCAGGCUGCUGUAUGUCUAUAGUGUGAGUGUAAUAUGUAAAACCUUAUACAGUUUAUGUUGAGGUUAUGUUAAAAUAUAUUGAAUAAAAUUUGUUGUUUGAAAAUCUU